AUGAACUGGUCUUGUGAACAAGUAAUUGAAUGGUGCAAAUCGUUCAUUUAUGAUGAUUUUAUUAUUUCUCAAUUUCAAGAACACGAAAUUGAUGGUGAAACUCUUUUUAUGAUGGACAGCAUUGAAAAAUUAACAUUAUUUCCAAAAUUAAAGCAAAAGCUUUUAUUUUUACGAGAGCGAGAAAAAUUGUUUAGAAUCAACGACGAUAGUUCAAUCAUCAUUACUGAUUCAUCAUCAAGUUCUACAUUAAAUUCUAGAGUUUCUUCUUCUUAUUUCGAAUCACAAAUUAAUUUUUUAACAGAUAAUAGUAUGAAUGAUCAAAUAUUAGAGAAAUCAUCAACAAAAUCAGAAAUAAAUUUAACUUUUCCUGAUCAAUAUGUUAUUCCAACAUUGCCAAAUGCUUUACUUGAAGAUAUUGAAGCGGGUGCAAUUCACAAGUUUGCACCACAUCAUGCUAAUCGUCAAGUACUUAUUGAUAUAAUAGCUCAUGAUUUAAUAAACAAUUUCAAUCUUCUCUAUCCAACUCGUAAACAAUUUGAUGAUAUAGGUACAGCUAUUGUUCGUAAAUUGAAAUUACCAUUAACAAAAGACAAUGUUGGAAUUUGGAAAGAUGCUAUUCAAACUAAACUCAAACGAAAACGUUUUGAACAUCGAGAUAAUGAAGAAGUAAAAGCUUAUCAGUCGAGAUAUUCAAAAUUUGGAUCUGGACGUCCAGUCAAAAAAAUGACUGGUGAAGUUGCUGAACGAGAUCGACAAAAACAAAUAAUGCUGAUAACUUACGAUGAUGAUACAUUAAUUGUUAUUCAAAAUAAAGCAAAAAAGUUACGUGAUGAUCCUCAACUUGAUCUUACUAUUCUACUUCAGUUAUGGAAAGAAACUCUUCAUGUUCGACGUAAAGCUAUUCGUAAUCAAACAACAUCAGAAAUUCUUGAAGAAUUUCCUGGAUAUAAAGACCCGAUGUUGAUUUUUGAAGAAGUAAAGAUGAUAAUGGGAGCUGAUUUACGUGCUGUCGUACGUCGUCAAAUACCAAUUUUACUUGAAAAGAUUAUUGCAACACCUGCUUUUAUUACAGAUUCUCCACCAAUACAACUUAUUCGUGUGCUUUGUCGUCAAUUUGAUGAAUCAAUUCACCAUUUAUAUUGCAAUACAUCACCAUCAAGUCCAUAUCCAUCAAUGGUGUGUACUGAUAAUACAAUCAAUGUAUAUACAGAUUUUCUUUCAAUUGUUUCAACAACAUCACCUGAUGAUGGAUUAGCACUUGUACUAGCAAUGUAUGUCGUUUUCGAACUAAAUUUUCCUAAAAAUGGUCGAGCAAUUCGAUUUUUAUAUGCAAUCAUGUUUGGUGAUACAAAAUAUUUAUCAAAUAAAAUGCGUAGUUUAAUCAAGGAAAAGAAUAUUGAAAUUUAUACUGAACAAAAUCGAAAAAUUUGUGAAAGUACAAAUUUGGUUUUAAACAGUCAC